CGCCCGCUCUGGAGCUCCGUUCAUUCGCUGUCGAACAGCGAACACGUUCAGACACGCAGAGAGGGGAUUACCGCUAGACGCCGCAACGGCGUAGCAAAAAGCAAAAAAAUAUAAGAAAAGAAACAAAAAGAAACGCAAAAAAAAAACUAAACGCACCAACAAAGUGGAGCGCGCAACCAAUAAGCGAAAAAAUCAUCGAGCCACUCGAACACGUUGCUGCCGCAGUCGCAGUCGCUGUCGCUGUCGCCGUCUCCGUCGCCGUCUCUGCCGCCUUGCGCCUGGUGCUUGGUGCCUGGUGCCUGCUGAAUCGUCGCGUAACGUAAGCGUAUUACAAAACAAACGCCGACCCGACGACGCUGCUUCAUUGUCGCGUAAUCAGAGGCAGGCAGGCGCUGCCGACGCGCUGCGCUAGUGUUUGUGCGUGAAUUUUGAAAUUUGGCUUUUGACAAAAAAUUGCGCAAAAUACGUAUUGGCGGUGCCGCACGAGAAUCACCCGCGAGGCCCAGAGCCCUCCCAGGUGCCGCACACCUUCCACAGCUCAGGCCCCCCCACUCCCUCACCCUCCCUCCCCCUGCCUCCCUCCGUCCUGCCCAACGAAGGGACCGAAACCCGUGUGUGCGGCGGGGUUACGUAAAGCCAACCGUCGCGUCGGACAAGCGCCGUUCCGAGUUCUUACAAAACCAAACACACAAAAAAAAAAACAACCACAAAAAAGUUACGCGCACGCCCCAAAACAACAACAACAACAACAACCAAUUCAGCGGCAGCCACCAAUAAAAGGGGGGAAAACGGCAAGGAAUUUCCCAAAAAAUUUUGCCAUUUUUUUUUGUUGUUUUUCGUACGCGUGUGGCCAUAAAUUCAUUUUGGCAAACAAAAUUUCGAGAAUCCACCAAAUAAAUUCAAGCGGAAAAGCCGACACAUUUCAGUGAGUUUUUUGUAUGUGAAAGCAGGAACGGAACGAAAGAUUCUCCGGCAGUGGGUUAACGGAAAAGCAACAGCAGACGGCCAGACAGCCAGACAUCCAGACAAAGAACCCAAGCCCCCAAACCCCCCGUGAAACCAUCUCAAGCCCGCCCAUCAGCAGCAGCAGCAGCAGUGUGGCAGCACGCCCCUCAAGGAACAACAAGGAGGCGCGGUUCCGUGCAGCAGCAGCGACAGAUGCCUGCUGUCGCUGUCAAAACUUCUUCUUCAGUUCUUCGUGUUUCAGUUCCACAAAAACAGCCCAGAGCACCGCACGCGCAAAAGAUUAUUAUUCCAACGAAAUAAUCGAAUAAUCAAGUAAUCAUAUAAUAAAUAUAUGAAAUUAAGCGGAAAUAUAGCGGAAAUAUAUCGAAAAUAGCGGGAAUACUGGUGAUACAUGUUUAAUCAAAGUGAAGUGAUGUGAAGUGAGAGAUAUCGCCGCAGAUAGGAUAGAUACAGACACAGAUUGGAUAGAUUAUGUCCACUGUCUUUCCGUGCAAGGGCAAGAAAACGCGAAAACUGAGCAGGCAUUUCGUGAGCAACGAGAACUGUUGCAGCAAUCCCCCACCCCCCACCGGCCACCCGGCAGGGCCGUUGGGCAUACGUGACUGCCAGCAGGUGCAACAGCAAAGAGCAGCAGCCGCACUCGCAGUCGCAGCCGCAGCCACCUCUACGGGAAAGAUGCCUCUGUCGCAGGGCUACUGCCUGAAGCCCACGCUGGCCUCCAAGAAGCGGGUGCUCAAGGUCCUGCGGAAGGAGAACCAGCAGCAGCACAUGCAGCAGGAGAGCCUGUCGUGCCACGGCGACAGCCAUCUGCAGUGCUACCUGCCGCACGGCGACAGCAAGAACUCCCUGAAUCUGUCGUACCUCCUCGGCGAGUCCUUCGCCACGGUGGGCAGCCUCUCGAAGGCCUUCGAUGUCUACGAACUGAUCGCCAGCCGGCAGCUGGACGGCCACGUGCCGCUCGACAAGCUGGGGAUCCUGGCCAGCGCCCUGACCAACCACAUCCGCCAGAUGGGCGGCAUAGCCUCGCCCCCGAGCAGUCCCAGUGCCAGGACCCAAGCCGCCUCCCUGAUGCCCCCCUGGCUGCCCUACCAGCAGAGCACCAGCGAAGGAACAUCAGCGGGAAGUGGAGGAGCAGGAGCAGCCGAGGGACUGGCCGGCGCCAGUUCCAUGGUUCCCAGUCCCGCCCUGUCGGAGGACUUUGACCCGCUGCUCUGUCCGCUCUGCAGGGACAUCCUCCGCUGUCCGGUGACCACCAACUGCGGCCACACCUUCUGCCGGCAGUGCUGCGAGACGAUCACCCAGUGCAACAUCUGCCAGGUGAAGUUCCCCCGCGCCCAGGACGCCUCUCCGCGCGGCGGAGGCCUGCCCUCCGCCUGCGCCCUCACCACCACCACGACGGCGAGCAGCGCCGUCUCCAGCUACUACGCGGGAUUCGGUGCCGCCUCCACGAACCAGAGCCACAUCCAGGCCCAGAGCCAGAGCCUCAGCCUCGUCCCCGUCCCCAUGGGCUAUGGCCUGCGGAUGGCCAGCCAGAUGGCCGCCGCCCCCAUCACAGUGACCACCACCACAGUGGCCUCCACCACGGCGACGGCCACGACCACCAUGGCGUCCACAUCGGCGGCGGCCGCCGCCGGCAUCAUCAGCGGCUAUGCGGGUGCCUCCUCCGCGAUGAAGUUCAUGCCCGACGUCCUGGUGCGGCGCCUGGUGGAGAAGUGGUGGGGCGCCGAUCUGCAGGCCAAGGAGAUCAGCGAGAAGGCCAGCAGUUGCAUGCACCUCAACCUGCUCGACGAAGCGCUCAAGUUCUGCAACGCGAGUCUCGACAAAGCCCCCACGAACUUCAAGAGCCUCUGUCUGCGAGCGGAAGUGCUCCUCAAGCUGAAUCACUAUCAGAGUUCGCUGGCGGACAUUGAGAAUGCCCUGAGGACGCGCUGCACUUCGCCCAAGGCGCACUACUUGCGGGCCUUGGCUCUGAGUGGUCUGGGUCGACUGGAGGAUGCCUUGUACAAUGGCUUCUUGGCCAUUUGUCUCGACAAGAAUACAAAUCUCAGCAAUUCGGAAAUAUUUCAACAUGAUCUCGCCAAGAUACUGCAACGUCUCCUGGCCCAAAUGCCCAAGAAUCGAGUGUCGAUCGGUCAGGCGGCGCCUCCGGUGGUCCGCAGCUAUGCCACCAGCAGACCCGCCUAUCCCCUGCUGUGGGAGCAGGUGCGUCGCCGCAGGAAACAACUGCUCCACCAUCACCAUCUGCACCACCACCACCAUCACGUGCAUCUGGACGAUGUGGAGGACGAGUUCGGGCACUACGACAACUACAUUAUGGCUGGGGACGAGAUGGAGGAGGAGGAGGAGGUCGAGGAUCCCUCCCUGAUGGAGGGCAGGGAUCCCAGUGCCAUGCAUCUGAAUGGGGACUUCCUCUUCCCCAGUGCCCUGGACUUUAUGGACCAUCAGCGGCACGUGUACGAGCAGAAGCAGUUCGAUCUGCAGCCGCGUCGACACGGAAACAGGAAACACUGCAAGCGGAAAUGGUCAGCGGCCAUGGAUUCCCUCGUCGGGGGAGGAGGAAGAGGAGGGAUGGCCGAUCAGGAGGAUCGUGUGGAUCAUGUGGAUCAUGCGGCAGCGGAGACUGAAGAGAGUCGCCGAUGUAGUCGACUGUUUGCCAGCGUCCUGGAGCGCACGCAGCAGGAGCUGCAGCGACUGAAAAAAGUCGAAGGAUCGCUGCAGGCGCAGGCGGUCACUGCAGUGGCCGAUCGACUCCUGAUCGAUGCCAGCGACUUUGACUGCGUCCUGUGCGGCCACACGCUGUGGAGGCCGGUGGUGACGCCCUGCGGCCACACCUACUGUCUGGUAUGCUUGGAUCGUUGCAUGGAUUACAAAACCUCGUGUCCAUUGUGCUUGUCGCCACUUGUGGAAUUCAAUGUCAAUGCCAGUGCCAGUGCCAGUUCCAGUGCCAGUUCCAAUGCCAGUUCCAAUGCCAGUUCCAGUUCCAGUUCCAGUCAAAGUCAAACUCAAACUCAAACACACAGCAAUCUGUAUCAGGGCUCAUCCUCGCCAGUACCCUUUGCGCUGGCCAAGCGGCCAGUGACAAAAUUCCUAGAAGCCGCAAUGAAACGAUUCAUUCCAGACCACUACGAGGCCCGCUUCCGGCAGGAGAUCGACGAGGAGCCCUCGGUGCCGGUGUUCAUCUGCACCGCGGCCUUCCCGGCGGUGCCCUGUCCCCUGUUCGUCUGCGAGCCCCGCUACCGCCUGAUGGUGCGGCGCGCCGUCGAGUCCGGCGACAAGACAUUCGGCAUUGUCCAGCCGAACAGCAGCAAGUCCCGCUACUAUGACGUGGGCACCAUCCUGGACAUCCGCGACUGCGUCCAGCUGAGCGACGGCCGCUCGAUCCUCAGCACGAUCGGGUGCAAGCGCUUCAAGAUCCUCGCGCGCAACGAGAAGGACGGCUAUGAGACGGCCAAGGUGGAGUACAUCUGCGACGAGCCCAUAGCCGAGGAGCAGGUUAAGACGCUGGCCAGCAUGCUGAGCCUCGUCCUGGCCAAGGCCAUCGGCUGGUUCGAGAGCCUCAGCACCGAGCAGAAGCACGAGAUCCUCCAGAGCUAUGGCCAGAUGCCAGCCCUCGAGGUGAAUUGGGAGAUGAUCAGCGAUGGCCCCGCCUGGGCCUGGUGGAUCAUUGCCCUCCUGCCGCUCUCCCAGCAGCUCAAGGUGGACAUUCUGGCCACAACCUCGCUGGAGAAGCGCCUGAGAGCCAUCGAAAAAACACUCGAUUUGCUGCACGAUCUCAGCCAUCCGCAGCAGGAGCCGCACCACCACCACCACCACCAUCACCACCAGCAGGCGCCGCAGUCGCCCCACCAGCAGCCGCACGACCUGAGUGGACUGGAUCUGGACUGCGAGGAGCAGGACACGGCCUCUGCGGCGGCGGAUGAAUGCUGCCUCUAUGCGGAGGCCGCCGGCACUGAACCUCACACAGACGAAGAGCUGCUCCUCUAGGGGAGGAGGUCGAAAACAAGAGAUAUAUAAGCUUAAGCUUAAGCAUAAGAUAUACUAUACAUACUAUACACUAUAUAGACGAGUAUGUAGCUAUAGGAAAGAUUAAGAGGUAGACGCGGGAACCGAGAACCGAGAAAAUUGUAAAUUGUGUGUCUAAAGCCAUUUCGUCGUUACAUGUUAAUCCUAGGGGCCAAAACCGAAAGCGAGACAACUUUAGAAGAACCAAAAUUAUCACUAGAUCAGCAAACAUAAUCGAUAGAUGUAUAUGUAUAUGAUGUGUACACAAGUCUGUAUAGAAACCCCCCCUGAAACCCCUGAAACGACCCCCAAGAACAACCCAGUGAAACAAUCAAAAGUUUGCUUUUGGCUUAAGCCCAUAGCCCCUGCCCCAGCCCCAGCCCCUACCCCCCCACAGGUCCUACUACUCUUCGAACAACAACAACAAACCACAUUCCACAAGUCUUUCAGAUACGUUUGCCAUACCAAAAAACAAAAAAGAUACAAGUCGAAAAUCAAUUGUGCAUUGUAUAAUCUUCAACAAACAAAAACAAACUCAUGGUUUCUACAAACAAACAAACAAAAUACACAAAUUUUAACUAAAUAUUUGUAGUGAAAGUAAAUACCAACAAUUCAAAGGCCAACAAACAUACACUGAACAAAACAAAAGCGGGACGACAAGAAACAACCAACAAACAUUGGGGAAACUUGAAACUUCAAAAGGAAUCGUCAACUUCUUUUCAUUUACUCUUUUUGUAUAAAGCGGCUGGAACUCUAAGACAAUCUGCAAUAUUUUUUUGAUAUACCUAAAAAAAAAAA